AUGCCGCUGAUGGAGGAUCGCUCGCCGGCCCAAGUGUCUGCGCUAGACGGAUGUGCCGCCGACCAGCAGUCUGGGAUGUCGGAGAACGGGUCGGGUGUCUCCAGACGGCGCGGGUCGCCGUCAGACAGCCCGGGAGUCGGCGAGCGGGGCGUGGAUACGCCCGCUGCGGCUGCCGAAGCCGGCCCGGCCGGCUCCGCGCCUGACCAGGCGGCCGACGUUACCGGCGCCCAGUGCAAGCGGCACGAGCGGCCCAUCUGCGCUGCGCUCGUGUGCCAGCGGUCGCUGUCGUUGGGCGAGGAGGCGAGCGAGUUCGUCAGCGCCGCGGAGGACCUGGCGUUCGCCACCGUGGUGCCGUCGUCGGAUGAGGUGGCGGCGGCACCUAAGGAGCAGCGCUCGGAAGCAACUGCCUCGCCAGCUAAGGAACAGCGCUCGGAAGCAACUGCCUCGCCAGCUAAGGAACAGCGCUUGGAAGCAACUGCCUCGCCAGCUAAGGAACAGCGCUCGGAAGCAACUGCCUCGCCAGCUAAGGAACAGCGCUCGGAGCCAACUGCUUCGUCGUCGGGAGAGCGACGCUCGGAGCCGGGUGUGCUGUCCGACCCGGCGUCGGCGCUCGCACAGGACAGCGACGCCGGGGACUCCCCGAAGCCGGAGCGGAACGGCAUGACAGCCACGCGCACCAUCUGGGUGGUGGGCUCUGGGGAACACCUCCCGGUCGGCGACGCAGGCGACACGGACGACGAAGGCGCGCCGGCCGCCUCCUGGGGCACUGUCAGCAGCACGUUCCGCGCCAUCCGCGUGUUCAAGCGUGGCGUGAGCAAGCGCCUGCGCCGGCCGUCGUCGCCCGACCGCCAGGCGUCACGCUCGAGCCUGCGACGGCAGCGCGAGUCGCACCAGGCGGCCGGUCAGGGCGGCGGCGCCGGAGCCAGCGGCGUGGAUGCCACCAUGCUGGAGGCGGCAGGGGGGCCCGUGCGGCCCGCCGUGCGCGCCGCCUCGUUCCUGGCAGACUGCGGUGCGUACGCGACGCCGACCAAAGCCGCCACUCACACGGCCCAGACUGCCGAGCAGCAGCUCAAGGACAAGAAGGACAUGCAGAUGAAGGAGGACUUGCGCACGGGAUGCUGGCCGCUAGACCACCCGGUGCGCCUGCACCUGUGGCAGGGCAUCUGCGAGUAUCAUGGUGCCGCCAUGGGUCAGGCCGAGGAGUACGAGACCACUGUCCGCCAGCUGGAGGGCGAUUACGGCCCCGCGCGGGCGGGUCAGCACCAGACGCCACCGUUCGUGCACACCUUCUACGCGAACCACUACCACCUGUCCGAGGCCGGAGUGUGGUCGGCCGACCGCGUUCUGGCCGUGCUCUACUACAACAACCCGACAAUCACCUACAGUCCGGCACUCUACCCCGUUUGCUGUCUCCUGCUGCACUACAUGGAUGAGGUUGAUGCCUACAACGCGCUCAGCAUGAUGCUGCGUAACAAGAAACUGGGUUACCUUGUUCAAACCCGACGUGAUUUCGAGAUAUCGUGGAGGAUAGUGAUCAAGCUGUGCCGAAAACAUGCGAAGAGCAGCAUGCACUACCUGCACCAGCAGACACGUCACGGCGAGAACGUCGAGCACGUGCUGGCCGACUGGCUGGCCUGGAUCUUCUGCUUCCUGCCCUUCCCGCACGCCGUGAGGCUGAUGGACUGCUUCCUCAUGGAGGGCGAGAAGGUGCUGUACCGGGCCGCUAUGGGGCUGGUGCUGCUGCUGCACAAGAUGGCGAGCCGUCAGCUGGGUGACUGGGGCGCCAUGCUGCUGGAGAACUCGGUCCAGGACGUGAUGGAGAUCUUCUGCAGGAAGAUACCGGUCACGCCGGACAAGCUACUGAAGACGCUGUUCAACAUCCGCGGCUUCAGCAGGGACUCGCUGAGCUCGUCCUACACCCGAGUCAAGGCCCAGAUCAAGGCCGGCGGAGGGCGGCUUAACUUCCCCGAGCGCAGAUCGGUGAAGGCCGUGACGAAGGAGCACUCGCACCCGGGUCUGGGCAUGCCCAGCGUGAUGUCCCAGGAUGAGCUGGCCCGGUCGUCCAGCACCAUCGGCGUCAAGGAGCAUUCCGCAAAGUUCCCUCAACUGAAGGACCCAAACUUCGAGCUGAUAAAUUUCCAGGAACUGCUGCGGCUGUGGGAGAACCUGCCGGCGCGGUUCGCGCUCUACACGCCGCUACUGCUGUACACGUCGGACGAGCACGGCUUCUCGCUCAAGACGUUCUACCAGAAGGUGGCCACCUUCGAGCCCACUGUGCUGCUGCUGCGCUCGACGGAGGGCGCUGUGUUCGGCGCCUACUGCUCUACCACGUGGAACACGCGCAACCAGAUGCAGGAGGACGGCACCCGCUACACGUACUUCGGCACUGGCGAGACGUUCCUGUUCACGCUGCGGCCGCAGCUGAAGGUGUACCCGUGGGUGGGCAAGGUGAAGCAAGAGCAGGACCCGCAGCUGGCCGGCGUCAGCCACAGCCAGCAGUUGUUCAUGGCGGCCGACAACACGAUGCUGACGAUCGGCGGCGGCGGCGGCCAGGCGAUCUGGCUCGACGAGAACCUGAGUCGCGGCAAGACAGACGCCUGCGACACGUUCGGCAAUCCGCCCCUCACCGCCACCGGCAGCUUCGACGUCGCCUGCAUGGAGGCCUUCGGCUUCGCGCCGGCCUGAGGCGUCGCGGGGCGGCGGGGUGAGAUCGUCUGUGUCGGCGGAGCGAGAUCGUCGGAACCGACGGGGUGAGAUCGUCUGUGUCGGCGGAGCGAGAUCGUCGGAGCCGACGGGGCGCGAUCGUCUGUGUCGGCGGAGCGAGAUCGUCGAAGCCGACGGGGCGUGAUCGUCUGUGUCGGCGGAGCGAGAUCGUCGAAGCCGACAGGGCGCGAUCGUCUGUGUCGGCGUCGGCAGCGACUGGCGUGGCGAGUUGACCGCUGGUUGGCGGGCCGGCAGCUGCGCGGCGGGACAGAACCGGCGCUCCGCUUCUCGCCGGGGCGCUCACCCGGCUUGUCCCGGGCAGGGGCCGGCGCAAUCAGCUGCUGGGAGAGAGAGAAAGCGCAAACUGGCCCCGGACAGCCACCUGGCUGCAAGGUGAUUGCGUUGGGAACGGGGGGAGAACACCAGAUUUUGCAGCCUGCAAUCACGUGGUGAUUUAACACAAUCGUGCGAUGAGUUGAAGUUGCUGCUAGUUAAGUGGUGGUGAAUUUGUUUGACGAUUUUUGCACAUGCCGUAUCGUCAGAAGAAAAAAAAUCUGCCAAUUUAGAACCAUCGUCAGAUGUAGCUGUCAGAGGUUUUCAAUGCACAGUAUCGUUUUGAGGCUUGUAGAGCGCGUGCGUGCUUCACAAAAGUCACGUACUAACUGUAUCCAAACAUUCCAGGCCUCAAAGCAUUCGACCUGAGUGUGGACCAAGUGUCGAUGAGUGGGCAAUAAUCGAGUAUUACGACUUGCCGCCGUUGAGCAAUAAGGGAGUAUUGGCCUUUCUUUUGGUCCCUUGUGUCUUGCUGGCUUUGGUCACACUAAUAAUGUUUGUAUAUGUGUAACAAGCUGUCGGCGUCUGUUCGCCUCCGUGUCUGGCUGGUGCCAUAUGUCUGUCCACAUCUGGGUCCCGCUGUCGGUGUCUGUCCACGCGUGCCUCGCUGGUGCCAUGUGUCUGGCCAUGUCUGUGUCCCGCCAGCAGGGUCUGUCCGCACGCGUGUCUCGCUGGUGCCGUGCGUCUGUCCAUGUCUGGGUCCCGCCAGCAGCGUCUGUCCUCGUCUGGCUGGCAAUGUCGGCACCCCCGUCUGCUCCGUGCUGACAAUAGCUGGCCGCAUGUCGGGAGCGCGCACGUGCUAUGCACUCACCAGGGGGCGGCCCGUGACCGUCUAGGGACAAUCACCCAUGUCAAGAGACCGCGAGCUGUGAUGCAACGAACGGCG